AUGGCCUUUGUCCAUAUCCGAUGGCUCGAGGAAGACCUAAGGUUGCCGUUACGCCAUGUCGGCAUUGUGGGAAACAAUUCAAACGACAAGAACAUUUGUCAAGACAUGAGCGCACCCAUACAGAUGAACGACCGUUUCGCUGCCAUUGUGGCCAAGGCUACACUAGACAGUCAGUGUUUCCCAACCCAAGAUUUCCCGAAGUUGCGAGUAACACCCCAUUGCAGAGACUUGUUGAAACGUCACGUCACUUUGUCACACACCGGAUAUCUUCCCAUAUCUCCUUUAAACUCAGACUCCGAACAAGUGACAUAUAUCGGACAGGUGGAUGAGUGUCUCCCAACCCAUCCAGACUUCUCUUGGGACUCGAGCAUUUCUGCUCAGCAUAUUCUCCCAGCCGAAGUUUUUGACCUGGAUUUUCUCCAGUCUGGCGGGUUUGAAGAUGUCCAUGUCCCCGCAAAUAGCAGCUUUUUGCGAUUCAGUUCGAGGCUCCCCGCCGCUGAAGAUGAUCUUGUUGAAGCCGAGGCUCGAGAUGAACACUUGCCUGAAACGGUCCACACUGGCAGCACUACCCCGUGGGAGAUUACUCAGUCGCAGUAUGAAAUGUUGUAUCUUGCUCUGCAGGCUCGUGCCAGCAUUCUGCCACCAGGUUCCUCACUACCAUCUAGGAACAUCUGCAGUCGUAACUUGGAAAGUUUCUUUCGUUGUGGCCAGGACCAGCUUCCUUUUAUCCACCCUUCCAGCUUUUCAAUCCAUGACAGAGAUAUUGGACUUAUCCUAGCAGCAGUCACAGUCGGCGCGCUCUUCAGAUUCGAACAUGCUCAAGCCUUUGCACUGUUUGAUAUGGCCAAGGCCUUGGUGAAUGAAAGGACGAUCCGUGACAACCUUGAAAUAUCGGGAGAGCUGCUUUCCGAGUCAUCUCAUUCAAGUCUAUCUACCAAAGACGACCUUGAUACAAUCCAGUCUCAUGUUCUCCUGGUAAACUUUGCAUCAUGGACCGGCGCCAAGUACCUGCCCGAAGCGUUGUCUAUGGGCAAUCAGUUGGCAAGAAUAGUCAGACGAGGUGCCAUUUCAGAACCUGAUCGAAUGCCGGGCGAUGUCAGCUGGGCUGCCUGGAUUGCAAUCGAAGAAAGACGACGGACCCUAUUUGCUGCUUAUGUGGUACUGAAUCUGCAGAGUGUCGCAUACGACACUAAUCCGUCAAUAUUGAAUCAUGAAGUCGGUCUAUUUGUGCCUGGUACAGCAGCCUGCUGGAAGGCAACCAAUGAAACUCAAUGGCAAGAGUCCUUUUGUCCCGACGGUCUUUCGUUUUUGGAAUUGCUGGAUUCACUAUAUGAUGGUGUCAAACAUAACCAGAAUGUGUCUUCAUUUGGCGACUAUGUGCUUAUUCAUGGCAUUCUACAGCAAAUUUACUUGGAAUACGAGCAAGAAGCCGGAUUAUUGAGACCAGAGAGGAUAAGGUGCUUCGAGGAUGCGCUCAGAAGCUGGCAGUUGUCCUGGGAACGCAAUUCAGAGUCCACGCUGGACCCUUUGUCAAACCAAGGCCCAUUGGCUCUGAAAGGAGCGUCCAUCUUUCGAAUUGCUUACAUGCGCCUGCUACCUGAUUUCAGGCCUCGUCGAGAGUUCUUCUCCAAAGCUCAACGUCUUGAGAGACCUAAAGAUUGGGGUCUUAAGAGGUCACCAUGUCUGACACGGGCGGUUCUUCACGCUGCGCAUGCUCUCAGCAUCCCCGUCCGGCUGGGAGUCGAACUCAUUGCUCGCACCUACAUACCAUUCUGGAGCAUCGAACAUUCGCUAAGUAGUCUCGAAUGUGCUUUGCUCCUUGAUGGCUGGUUACGUUCACUGACAACGUUGGUCCAGAAGGACGGCAUGGCUGCACUAAACGACGGCGAGAGUCGCGCAACUAUGGACUCGAAUCUUCGCUGGAGCUCAUGUUUAUGA